GCGGGCGGAGAACAUGGCGCCGGGGAGCGGCGCGUGCUGAGGCGAGCGGAGCCGGGCCGGGCCAGGCGGCGGCGGGGAAAGGCCGGUGCUGGCGGCGGGGCCGCCAGGGAUAUGCGGCAGCGGCUGUUCCUUGUGCUGAGCCGGGCUCUGCCGGGCUGGACUCGCCCCUGGGCCGCCCCGGCCUGGCGCUGUUUCCCCCUGGGCCGGCGGCGCAGCUGUCUCGGGUUUCAGAAGGAGACAAACAACAAAAUGAACAAUCCAGCUAUUAAGAGAAUAACAAAUGAAAUUAUAAAAUCACCUGAGGAUAAACGAGAAUAUCGUGGACUGGAAUUGGAAAAUGGCAUUAAAGCUCUUCUCAUUAGUGACCCCACCACAGAUAAGUCUUCAGCAGCACUUGAUGUGCAUAUAGGAUCCUUGUCUGAUCCCCCCAACAUUGCUGGGCUUAGUCAUUUUUGUGAGCAUAUGUUGUUCCUGGGAACCAAGAAAUAUCCAAAAGAGAAUGAAUAUAGCCAAUUUCURAGUGAGCAUGCCGGGAGUUCAAAUGCUUUCACGAGUGGUGAACAUACAAACUAUUACUUUGAUGUGUCACAUGAACAUCUAGAAGGUGCACUGGACAGAUUUGCCCAGUUUUUCCUGUGCCCUCUGUUUGAUGAAAGCUGCAAAGAUAGGGAAGUGAAUGCUGUUGAUUCUGAGCAUGAGAAGAAUCUGAUGAAUGAUGCCUGGAGGUUGUUUCAAUUGGAGAAGGCUACUGGAAACCCCAAUCAUCCCUUCAGUAAAUUUGGAACAGGGAACAAACUCACUCUGGAAACUAGACCAACCAAAGAAGGAAUAGAUGUAAGGGAAGAGCUAUUGAAGUUCCAUUCUACUUAUUAUUCAUCAAAUUUAAUGGCUAUUUGUGUCUUAGGMAGAGAAUCCUUGGAUGAGCUAACUUCCUUAGUAGUAAAGUUAUUUUCAGAAGUAGAGAAUAAAAAUGUCCCUGUACCAGAGUUUCCUGAACAUCCUUUCCAAGAAGAGCAUCUCCGGCAACUUUACAAAGUGGUGCCCAUUAAGGACAUUAGAAAUCUUUAUGUCACGUUUCCUAUACCAGACCUUCAGAAGUACUAUAAAUCAAACCCUGGCCAUUACCUUGGCCAUCUGAUUGGGCAUGAAGGCCCGGGGAGUCUUCUAUCAGAGCUUAAAGCCAAAGGAUGGGUAAAUACUCUUGUUGGAGGCCAGAAGGAAGGUGCUAGAGGUUUCAUGUUCUUCAUCAUUAAUGUGGACUUGACAGAAGAAGGACUUUUGCAUGUUGAAGAUAUUAUUUUGCACAUGUUUCAAUAUAUUCAAAAACUACGUACAGAAGGACCUCAAGAAUGGGUUUUUCAAGAGUGCAAGGAUCUAAAUGCCGUGGCAUUCAGAUUUAAAGAUAAAGAACGACCACGAGGUUACACAUCAAAGCUUGGAGGAAUGUUGCAUUAUUAUCCUAUAGAAGAAGUAUUGGCUGCUGAAUAUUUGCUUGAAGAAUUCAGGCCUGAUUUAAUAGAGAUGGUACUGGACAAAUUGAGACCAGAAAACGUUCGAGUUGCAAUAGUUUCCAAAUCUUUUGAAGGAAAAACUGAUCGAACAGAAGACUGGUAUGGAACACAGUACAAGCAAGAAGCAAUUUCUGAUGAAGUUAUUAAGAAAUGGCAAAAUGCUGACCUGAAUGGGAAAUUCAAGCUUCCAAUGAAGAACGAGUUUAUUCCUACAAACUUUGAGAUUUUGCCAYUGGAAAAAGAUGCAACACAGUAUCCUGCUCUUGUCAAGGACACUGCGAUGAGCAAAUUGUGGUUCAAGCAAGAUGACAAAUUUUUUUUGCCAAAAGCUUGUCUCAACUUUGAAUUUUUCAGUCGCUACAUUUAUGCUGAUCCUCUCCAUUGCAACAUGACAUACCUGUUUAUCAGGUUAUUGAAGGAUGAUUUAAAAGAGUAUACAUAUGCAGCACGCCUCUCAGGUUUGGUCUAUGGCAUUGCAUCAGGAAUGAAUGCAAUACUUCUCUCUGUGAAAGGUUAUAAUGACAAGCAACAUAUCUUGCUCAAGAAGAUMAUUGAAAAAAUGGCAACUUUUGAAAUCGAUGAAAAGCGAUUUGAAAUUAUCAAGGAAGCGUACAUGAGAUCACUUAACAACUUCAGGGCUGAACAGCCUCACCAGCAUGCAAUGUAUUAUCUCCGACUCCUGAUGACAGAAGUUGCUUGGACCAAAGAUGAAUUAAAAGAAGCUCUAGAUGAUGUCACCCUUCCCCGUCUCAAGGCCUUCAUAGCACAGCUGUUGUCACGGUUACACAUCGAAGCUCUUCUCCAUGGCAAUAUAACAAAACAGGCUGCAUUAGGAAUUAUGCAGAUGGUUGAGGACACUCUCAUUGAGCAUGCUCAUACAAAGCCGCUACUUCCCAGUCAGCUAGUGAGAUACAGAGAAGUGCAACUUCCUGAUAGAGGUUGGUUUGUAUAUCAACAGAGAAAUGAAGUUCAUAACAACUGUGGCAUUGAAAUAUAUUACCAGACAGACAUGCAGAGCACUUCUGAGAAUAUGUUUUUGGAGCUGUUUUGCCAGAUUAUCUCGGAGCCGUGCUUCAAUACUCUGCGCACCAAGGAGCAGUUAGGUUACAUUGUGUUCAGUGGCCCACGGCGGGCAAAUGGCAUCCAAGGACUGCGAUUUAUUAUCCAAUCUGAAAAGCCGCCACACUAUUUAGAGAGCAGAGUUGAAGCGUUCUUAAAAACGAUGGAGAAAUGCAUAGAAGACAUGACAGAAGAGGCCUUCCAAAAACACAUCCAAGCUUUAGCAAUUCGUCGUCUAGACAAACCAAAGAAGCUGUCUGCAGAAUGUGCUAAAUACUGGGGAGAAAUCAUUUCCCAGCAGUAUAACUUUGACAGAGAUAACAUUGAAGUGGCUUAUCUAAAGACGCUGACCAAGGAUGACAUUAUACAGUUCUACAAGGUGCUGCUGGCAAUAGAUGCUCCCAGAAGACACAAGGUAUCAGUACAUGUCCUUGCAAGGGAAAUGGAUUCCUGCCCCGUUGUUGGAGAAUUUCCAUGCCAAAAUGAUGUGAACCUGGCACCAGCACCGCCACUACCACAGCCAAGUGUGAUUGAAAAUAUGACAGAAUUCAAGCGCAGUCUGCCGCUCUUCCCACUGGUGAAACCACAUAUCAAUUUCAUGGCUGCAAAACUGUGAAGAACCCCAAUGGAUGAAGAAAUGCAAAUGAUCAGUACUGACAUGGUUUCAGGGGACUUCGUGAUGAACAAAAUUAUUAAAGAUCAUUGGGAUAAAUGGUUCUGUUCAUUAUGAAAGUCCCAAAUUCCUUCUUGGUUCAUUUGACAUUAGCUGUGUGUUAGGGAUAGAGAGUAUAUAAAAAUCAGUUGUGGUCAUGUGUCAUUUAUAUUACAGACAACCUGUUAAAAACCAAAAUCAACUGAAACAAUAAUAAUAAAAAACUUGUAGAUGCAGUAUAUUUUUAAAAUAACAUAUCCCUUCAGAUUUUCAUUUAGAUGAAAUAACCCUCCAGAGCAAACAAAGUUGCUUGAAACAUGCUUGUUACUCCUGAAAAACACUGUUUAGUAUCCCAAUAAUUAUCUUAUUGGGAGUUGGAGGGGGUGAGAUAAGUAAGUCCUUUUUGGGAUGGGGUCAAUAAUUUUUCUUAAAAAAUAGAGACUUUCACAUUUUUUUGAAGUGACGUGUUGAAUGAUACUUUUUUAAUUGAUCCUUAAUGCAACCAACAUGUUUUCUAUUUAAGUUUUAUGGAGACCAGUGUGGGGGGAAAAAAAUGGAAAUUUGACAACACAGUAAUAGGUGAGAGAAUUGUCUUAAUGAGAAUAAUUGAAGAUAAGGGCAUGAUUUUAAUAUUUCUAUACAAAUYUGGGGACAUUUUAUAUUAAAACUAGUAAAAUGCUGGAAACACUUCAUUAAUGCAUCUCUUUUUUGUUACCRAAAGUGUCGUCCCGGUCUCUGGAUACUAUCAACAUCAUCCUGUUCAGUUUUUCAGCAUUACUGUGAACUGUUUUCAUUUGGUAUAUCAAAUACUUUUAUUUGGUGUAAUUUUUUGUUUUCAGUUGCAUAUGUACCUGAUGGAGAACUCAGUCUGUUUUGCCUCAUCUGUUAUGUUAUGUCUYAGUCCAGCAAAGCACUCACUAGUGCAAAUAACUUUUAACACACACUGGUUUUUUACUCAAGAACAGGUUCAUGUCAAAUAGGGGUUCUCUAAUGAAUCAGAUCCAUCACUAUUCUGAUACAUGUGUGGGUCCUUCUUGUCCUUUAGGAAGGUGGUUGGGACAGUCCAGUGCUGGRGUAGCAGUGCUACAGCACAAACUGUGCUUCAGGUUACAUCACAAAGGGUUUGCUGUGCAGAACUCAGAAGGAUCAAGAACUAUGCUGAAAUCAUGUUUAUAUAUAUAGAAAUAUAUAUAGAUAUGUAUAUAUUCCAUAAUGUAGUAAAAUGAUAAAACGAUGUAUGGUGUCUACUCUUCACCAACUUSACUGACUUCUGUAGAAGUGGUGGAYAGCACCCAAAUAGUAAAAGGCAAGGAGCAUGAAGUUCUCCUACCUCUGUAAUACAUAAAAGAGAUGGCACUUAAUCAGACAGGAGAGAGUAUGUAAAGCACUGAAGAUACAAAAUCUGCUCAUCAGAUG